AUGGAUUUCUUACUGAAUAAUAAAAGGCAAUUGAAAAAAAAAGACGAGCUACCCAUUUCUGAUUCAAGAUGGGCUCCAAAAUCAAAAUACCGUCAUAAAUUUAACCCUGCAAAUAGCGAAAAUUUUGUUAAAAUUAACGCCAUCAUCACUUUGAUUUUAUUCCUAGUUUUUAUCUGUCAAAAUAGCUUUUCUUCAUCUUCUUCAAAUGUCGUUGAUUCACAUACAAAUGAAGCUAAAAUAUUAGAAGAUAAUGAAUAUUAUGACUAUGAUUUUAAGAAUUUCGAUGAACCAUUGGUUAAAAAAUUCGAUGAUGGGGCAAAACAUUAUUUGAUUAGUAAAUAUGGCAGUGAGGUUUUAACUCCAGAAGAUAAAAGUCGUUAUGAACAAGAAUUACAAGAAUUGCUUUCAACUACAGUUCAAAAUUACGAUCUAAGUAAAUAUAGUGGUACAGAGAACGGUAUCCAAAAUCGUGAACACGUUUUAUUAUGUGUACCGUUAAGAGACGCAGAAGACGUUCUGCCUUUGAUGUUUAAAAAUAUUAUGAAUUUAACUUAUCCACAUGAAUUGAUAGAUUUAGCUUUCUUAGUUAGUGACUGUACUGAAGGUGAUCAUACCCUAGAAUCCCUAAUCGCUUAUUCCCGUCAUUUACAAGAUGGUACUUUAGCUGGUUUGUUUCAAGAAAUGGAUAAAGAUGAUAGUAAAAAAGAUUCAGAAAAAUUAUACUUGAAAUAUAUGAAUAAAGACUAUUUGAAAAUGGUGGAAGACGCUUAUUCCCCACCAUUCCAUAAUGAUUACGAAAAACCAUUCCGUUCUGUUCAAAUCUUUCAAAAAGAUUUCGGCCAAGAAGUUGGACAAGGUUUCACCGAAAGACAUUCCGUUAAAGUUCAAGGUAUCAGAAGAAAAUUAAUGGGUAGAGCCAGAAAUUGGUUAAUGACAAACGCUUUGAAACCAUAUCACGCAUGGGUCUACUGGAGAGAUGCCGAUGUAGAAUUAUGUCCAGGUACAGUUAUAGAAGAUUUGAUGUCGAAAAACUUCGAUGUAAUGGUACCAAACGUUUGGAGACCAUUGCCAGAAUUUUUAAACUCAGAGCAACCAUAUGACUUGAACUCCUGGAUGGAGUCAAAUGAAGCUUUGAAAUUAGCUAAAAAUUUAGAUGAAGAUGACGUUAUUGUUGAAGGUUACGCAGAAUAUCCAACUUGGAGGGUUCAUUUGGCAUAUAUCAGAGAAAAAAAUGGUAAUCCAAAUCAAGUAGUAGAUUUAGAUGGUGUUGGAGGUGUUUCCAUCCUGGUAAAGGCAAAAUUAUUCAGAAGUGGUAUACAUUUCCCAGCCUUCACUUUUGAAAAUCAUGCUGAAACCGAAGCAUUCGGUAAGAUGGCUAAAAAAAUGGGGUUCAGAGUUGGUGGUCUACCGCACUACACUUUAUGGCAUAUCUAUGAACCAAGUGACGACGAUUUAUUAGAAAUUGCAAGUAAGGAAAGAGAAAAUAAUAGAAGCUAA